CUGCUUUUCCUGGUGCCAAAAGGUGGGCAGAGGGGAUACCCAGUCCCUUCCCUGUCUCUUCCCAUUCCCAUCCUGUCUCUCUGGCGUUGCUGCUCUUCCUGUCCCAGCUGAGCCUGGGCCAACUUCCUGCACCCCAGAGGCUGCCCUGAGGAGGUUUGGCGGGGGUGAGGUGCAGCGGAGAGAUUUUGGAGGGGGAUUUGAGUUGUCCAGUGAGAUUUGGGUAUUGAGAGACCACCAGCUUAUUCACCAGCCUUCACAGAAGUAAACGUGAACACCGUUUAUUUCUAUCUUUAGCACACCUUUUAUAGGGUUCUACAGGGUCCGCGGGCAAGGCAAGCUACUAUUGGCUAAUGCACACAAGUUUACAUUUUUUUCCCUUGUACACAAGGAUAUUGUUUUGCUUUACUCUCUCUUCUGCAGGAAGGUUUCAAGGACUUUAGCCGUUAAUAUCACGACUUAUUUCAAAGACUGGUUUGUGCAGACAGGCCUUUACUAAUAUAUAAAAUAUAUCAACAUUUGGGCAUUGGGAAGGAGAAAGAAUCUGGAGCGGUAGGAAGCUCCCCCCGUGCCUCAGUUUCCCCUGUGACCGAGGAGGCCCCUACCUGUGCUGGUGGUGCCCUACCUGGGUGGGGCCAUCUGUGGCCGCAGCUGGAGCUGCACAGUUGCUGUUUGUCUGUUUUUCUCCUCAUUCCUUGUUUUUUUUCCCCUGAAAAUUCCAGCCCGUCCCACAGCCGCUGGCAGCACAAGUUUCCCUCUGUCCUAAAUUGCAGAGUUUGAAAUUUUCCUUUUUUUUUUUUUUUUCCCCCGAAUCCACUCAAGAGCUCAGUCCGGGAGGUGGCAGUGUCAUCAGGAGGACGUGGCAACCCAAAAUCCACCUAAAACCACACAAAAUACGCCCAAGCCCUAACCAAACCCCACCCAGACCCAGUGGUGACCCCCAAGACCCCUUAUUCCAACCCACUCCUGACGGUCCCCACGGGGAAGAUCCAGGUGUCACUGCCACCUCUGUGUGGUUCGGUCCUUGGGGGAGAUACACACUUUUCCCUCCCCAUUUUUCCAGAAAAAAAAGUGGAAAAAUCCCUUUGCAGCACCCCCCAAAUGCCUGGUACCCCCACGAAAUCCUGCACCCACCUCCUCCCUUCUUCCCGCUCCCCUUUUUCCUGUGUUUGUACCACUUUGCCUGUUUUUUUCUCCCAAACUCUUUGCCACCCCCCCUCCCUCCCAAAACCACAUUUAUUUUUAGCAGCCAAUUGAAGAUGAAGGAGGAGGGAAAAUAUACUGAAAAAAGAGCAAAGAAAAAGGGAAAAACCCAGGAUUUUGUCCUGGCUGGAGCCAGAGUCACCUUUGAGCUUCAGCACGGCAAUGUGGGCUGUGGGGAUCCGGGGGGUGCUCUUGGCGCUGUUUCUGCUCCCAGGGCUCUGCGAGGGGUUCAACAUCGACGUGGGGCAUUCGCGGAUCUUCCAGGGACCCCCCGAGUCCCAGUUUGGGUACCGGGUGCUGCAGUGGGGUGGCAAUGGGGACAAGUGGCUGCUGGUGGGGGCCCCGUGGGAUGGGAAUGGUCAAGGUGACAUCUACAAGUGCGGCGUGAGACUCCAAAACUCCUCCUGCGCCAAGGCCAACCUCGGUACAGGGGCUGCAGCUCCGUGGCUCCGCAGCAGCGCCGGACACCUAGGGAUGACACUAGUGGACUCCAAGGAUGGUGGGUUUGUGGCGUGCGCCCCGCUUUGGUCCCAGGAAUGUGGCACCUCUGUGUUCAGCUCUGGCCGCUGUGUCCAUCUCAAUGAGGAGCUCCAGCUCACGGGGACCAUUGCACCCACAGCACAGCGCUGUUCUACCUACAUGGACAUCAUCCUGGUUCUGGACGGCUCCAACAGCAUCUACCCCUGGGAGGAGGUGCAGGCAUUCCUCGGGAACAUCCUGGGACGCUUCUUCAUUGGUCCUGGGCAGACCCAGGUGGGGGUGCUGCAGUACGGGGAGCGGCUGGUGCAGGAGUGGGCGCUGGGGCAGCACCCUACAGCGCAGAGCCUGCUUGAGGCCGCCCGGAACCUGACGCGUCAGGAGGGGAGGGAGACGCGGACGGCCAUGGCCAUCCGGCAGGCAUGCACAGAGUCCUUCAGCCCGGCUCAAGGUGGGCGCCCAGGGGCCACACGGCUGCUGCUGGUGGUGACAGACGGGGAGUCCCACGACGGGGACGAGCUGCCGGCAGCGCUGGAGGAGUGCGACCGGCACAAUGUCACCCGCUAUGCCAUCGCCGUCCUGGGGCACUACCUGCGUCGGCAGCAGGAUCCUGAGGAUUUCAUCCGGGAAAUCAAGUUCAUUGCCAGUGAUCCUGAUGAGAAGUAUUUCUUCAACGUCACAGAUGAGGCUGCCCUCAAUGAUAUCGUGGAUGCUCUGGGAGAUCGGAUCUUCAGCCUGGAAGGCACCCAUGGGGACAACGAGAGUGCCUUCGAGCUGGAGAUGUCCCAGAUCGGCUUUUCUAUCCACCACCUUGAGGAUGGGAUCCUCUUUGGAAUGGUUGGAGCCUAUGACUGGGAGGGGGGUGUGCUGGAGGAGAGCCAGCGUGGGCGCAUUGUUCCACCCUGGGAAGCGUUUCAGGAGGAAUUCCCGCUGGAGCUGAAGAAUCACGCAGCGUAUCUGGGGUACUCUGUGUCCUCGCUGCAGCUCCCGGAGGGGCAGCGCUUGUUAGUGGCUGGUGCCCCCCGAUUCCAGCACAAGGGCAAAGUUCUCCUCUUCCAGCUGGACCCCAUGGGGACCGUGACGGUGGCCCAGGCAUUAAUGGGGGAGCAGAUCGGCUCCUACUUCGGCAGCGAGGUCUUGGCCCUGGACCUGGAGGGAGACGGGGACAGUGACCUGCUGCUGGUGGGCGCGCCCACCUACCUGGGGGGCCAGAGCAGGGAGACUGGGAGGGUCUAUGUGUACCGUGUGGGGCAGGACCGCCUGAGCCCCGCAGGGUCGCUGCACCCUGAGCCGAGGCAGCAGGAUUCCAGAUUCGGUUCCGCCCUGGGCGUGGUGCCGAACCUGAGCCAGGACGGGCUGGCCGGAGCCGUGGUGGGAGCUCCGCUGGAGGACGAGCACCGCGGCGCUCUCUACGUGUUCCACGUCUCCCCGGACACCCUCCUGCCCCAGUACAAGCAGCGCAUCGAGGCGGCGGCGCUGGGGUGGAGCCUCCGGUAUUUCGGGAUCAGCGUGGAUGGACGGGUGGACAUGGACGGGGACGGGCUGGUGGACGUGGCCGUGGGGGCACAGGGUGCGGCUGUAGUGCUCCGGUCCCGCUGGAUUAUCCAGGUGUUCGCACGGAUGUCUGUGGAGCCAGCAGCUGUCAGUGUCACACAACGGAACUGCCAGCGCAGUGGCUCCAGUGCCGUCUGCCUCCGGGCCCGGAUCUGCUUCCAUGCCGAGACACGCACACGGAACCCCGUGGACAUGGAUAUCGAUCUCCGGUACAAUGUAUCCCUGGAGGAGCAGAUCCCGGGAUCCCGUGCCGCCUUUGACUCUGGUGCCCGCCGACUGCUCCAGCGCCGAAUUGAGUUCCCAUUGGGAAGGCAGAGCUGCAUCCGCAUCCCCUUCCACGUCCUGGACACCUCAGAUUACCUGAGGCCCCUCAGCCUCAGCCUCACCUGGGCCCUGGAUGUAGCUGCAACGUCGGUGCUGGACGAGGCAUCUCCCACCACCAUCCGCAAACUGAUCCCGUUUUUCAAGGAUUGUGGGGACGACGACGAGUGUGUCACCGACCUGGUGCUCAAGGCCACCACAGACAUUGUGGGCUCCAGGCAGAGCCCCCACAUCCUGCGGAAGGGCCGGAGGCGGAUGCUGGUGGAGGUGGAGCUGGAGAACCGUGAGGAGAAUGCCUACAAUGUCAGCCUGUGGUUGCACCUGCCUGGAAACCUCCACUUCUCCAGCCUCGUGCUCCAGGAUCCCAGCACGGUGAAGUUGGAGUGCUCAGCACUGGGGAGGCACCACCGGCGCUGCAGUGUCGGGUACCCUGUCUUCCACUCGCAGGCCAAGGUGUCCUUCACCCUGGAGCUGGAGUUCAGCUGCUCCGUCCUUCUGGACCGUGCCGAAGUCACUCUCCAGGCCACCAGUGACAGCACUGAGGUGACACCACAGGACAACGUGGUCAAGCUUUCUGUCCCCAUCCGCUAUGAGCCCAACCUGUUCCUGUCCAGUAAUAUCAACCUGCAUCGCUAUGAAGUUCAUCCCCUUGGCACCUUCAGCCGCAGCUCUGGCCCUGAGUUUACCACCACAGUCAAGGUGCAGAAUUUGGGGUGCUACCCCAUCCAGAAUGUCACCUUGCACAUGGCCCUGCCAGCACUGGGCCACCAUCAGGCCACCAUCUUGUCUGUCACCCAUGUCUUCACUGAAAAUGCCACCUGCAUGCUGCAACUCCCCGAUGAGAGGACACAGGUGGUCCCGGUGCCCCCUGAGGAUCUGCUGCACACGGACAGGCUGGACUGUUCCAACACCUGGUGCCAGGAGCUGAGCUGCCACUUGGAGAGGCUGGAGCGUGGUGGGGGAGUCUCCAUCCAGCUCCUGCGGACCCUCCACGACAGCUUCUUCAGUGGAGUGAAAUUCCGGAGUGUGAGGAUAGUCAGCGGUGUCUGGCUGGGGGUCACAGGGGGCAUGUUGGUGCUGGAGGAGGGGGUGCAGCGCAGGGAGCUGGUGCUGGAAGUGCUCCAGGGAAGGCGGGUGCCCGUGUCUCUGUGGAUCCUGGGAGGCAGUGCCCUGGGGGGACUCCUGCUCCUGGCACUACUCAGCCUUGGCCUCUGGAGGCUGGGAUUCUUCUCCCACCGGAAGCCCUCCCGAGAGGAGGAGGAUGAGGAGCACUGAGAUGGCAGCUCUGGCGGGAGGAUGUCCCAGAACCUCCCUCCCGGGGACACAUUCCAGGGCCAUCCCUGGAAUGGGGGACUCCUGGGCUGGUGGAGGGAUGAGCAAGCAUUCGUGAGGGUGGAGCCGGAGGAUCUGGGGGAACAUCUAGAAGCAGGAAAAGUGGCAAUGAGCUGGAAUGGAGCAGCUCCAGAAAUAAAGCUCUGGCCUGCGGUUCUGCCGUGUCCUGCAUCCCUGUGCACGCAGAUGACGUGAGAGCAGGAAAGUGGCUUGAUUCAGGGAAAAGCCUCUGGACCGAUCCCAAGUGCAACACAGAGAGGGAUGGGGGAAAUCUAAACCCCAGCCCCCACUGGCUCCAGACUUAAAUCCAGGACCACAGAGAAGGAAUUCCUGAUUUCCAGCACGAUGCGGAAGAGGGAAGAGGUGGAAGCAGAAAGUGAGUCGGUGUGACCCCCUCAGAAAUCCCUAUUAGGGAAGCUGGACAGGCUGGGUAACAGGAAAGCGCUGGGAUAAACCCAGGACACUGCUGGAUUUUACUGAUCUCUGUGGCUCCACAGUCCUAGCUCCUGCCCCAGGACUGGGGUGUCCCUGUGUCUAGAACGGCUUCCAGCAGAGCAGGGAGGGAGGACAGGGACAAUGUGUCCCAACAGAGUAAGAGGUGCUUGGAUAUCCUCCCUAGGAGACAAAUACUGCAAAUCAGGGUUUUCCUUCCCCAAAAGCUUUUUCCAAGCUCAUUUC